AUGAAGCUCAACAGUUUUAAGGCCCUGCGCAUCGGCGCGCUACCUGGCUCUCCCUUUGGAUAUGAGGUAUUGAUAAGAGCUGCUGAGGCGUCUCCUAUAAGCACUGCAGCAGCAGCAGCAGCAGCAGCAGCAGCAACAGACGGUGCAGCAGCACAAGAAGCAUCAGUAGCAGCAGCAGCAGCAGCAGCAGCAGCAGCAGAAGAGGGACGAGCUCUCUUUAUAUGCAACGCCCCGCUGCUGCUGCAGCAGCAGCAGCUGCAGCAGCUGUUUGCUGCUUUUGGUUCUGUUGAGGCCAUAUACGAUAAAAUGAUAGAACAAAAAAUUAAUAAAAAAACCCUCGUCUGUGUCCGCCUCGUCCACAUUAUCUUUACAGAUGCAGCAGCAGCAGCUCGCGCUUUUGCUGCUGCAGUACCCCUGCAGUGGGGGCCCCCUGGGGGCCCCCAGGGGGGCCCCCCUGGGGGCCCCCAGGGGGGCCCCCCUGCGGGGGGUGUUUGCGGGGAUGUUGAUGCUUUUAUGCGGAGCUACGACCUCGCCAAGGAUUUAAGAAAACAACAAAGAAACAAAAAAAUUAUAGAUGAAGACGGAUUCAUACUUGUGCAGGGGUACACAAACCCUAAACCCUAA